CUCACAUGUUAUAAAGACAGCAAGGGCAACAGACCUGCUCAGUGUGUUGUUUCUUGCUCACCUUGACGCUGCCUCUUGUGUCAUCACCACCGCCCUCAUCUUCUGUAUCCAGACAUGGUUAGUGUGACCUCUAUGGUGCUUGCGUUAUGCUGCUGCUUGCUGGUCAUCGUCUCUCUCCCAGCCACUCCCGCUGAUGCACAAGCUCACACCUCGUACAGGCAGGUAGCAUUCAGGGGGCCACGGUACCGCAGUAGCUGGUGGGCACAGCCUCGCUCACUAUGGUCGCAGGCACGGUCCAUCAUGCCCCGUCUGGCUACCGUGGCCACUGACACAUUCGCUUACCUGGCCCUGCCUGCGUUUGCAGUCUUUGCCAUAUCCGCUCUGUGGCCAGAACAUCAGCACUACAGGAUCAGGCGAGAAGCUAAUGGUACAGAGACGGUGGUGAAGGAGGGGCUGACGGAACACCUGGUGGGGGUGUAUCAGACAGCCCUUGAGUCAGAGGAAUGUAUGCAGCGCCUGGCUUGUAAAUUGGGAGCAGCGACCUCCUCCCUCAGGCAGCGACACAAGGGACUUGUGCACAGGUUGGUCUCCUCCAUGACGACUUCAAAGUUUAGCGACUUGUAUAACAAGUUCUCCUCCGGAGUGGACGCUGAGACGUGUGCAACAUACAGCUGCAGCAAGAUGAAGAAACUAUAGAGUCAGCGCCUGGCAGACAAAGUGAAAGAGACAUGCAUGUAGUAUCCCAUAGCCUUUUACUGGCAACGUUUCGGCCAUACAAUUGGUUUUAUCAACUUAAAAACGUCAGUGAAGGAUCUCGUGAAAGCGUAUUUGAGUCUCUCUUGCCGUCUUUUCGGUAUUUUAAAUCAUUAUAUUCCCUUUAUUUAUAGACAACGUUUCGUUCAGUAUAGAACGAAACGUAGAAUAUAAAUAAAAGUUUCCCCUGUCCACAGAGGCUUUUUACCAUGAAGAACAAGAGACAGGAACUCCAGGCAUUGUGAGACAUAAAUAUGGCUUAGACAUCGUGUUCUCUUUCAUGUAAGAAACAUCAAGUAAGCAACACGUUUCCUUCAUGCACGAAAUGUGUCUUUAUUAAUGUGCAUUUCCUUAUUCUGGAUCUCUGUCAUAUUGUUAUUAUUAAUUUAUUUUUGGGAAAGGGCAUAGCUCAUGGAAAAUAGGAAGCGACGGAAUUAACGAGGUUUGAUCCGAGAAAGUAGAGAGUGACUCCAUUUCUUCUUUUCAUUAAUUAUUUAUUAAUUAUUUAUUAUGUAUAAAUUAUAUAUAUAUAUAUAUAUAUAUCUUUCUUUCUUUCAACACACCGGCCGUAUCCCACCGAGGCAGGGUGGCCCAAAAGAAAAAACCAAAGUUUCCCCUUUCAAAUUUAGUAAUAUAUACAGGAGAAGGGGUUACUAGCCCCUUGCUCCCGGCAUUUUAGUCGCCUCUUACAACACGCAUGGCUUACGGAGGAAGAAUUCUGUUCCACUUCCCCAUGGAGAUAAGAGGAAAUAAACAAGAACAAGAACUAGAAAGAAAAUCGAAGAAAACCCAGAGGGGUAUGUAUAUAUACGCUUGUACAUGUAUGUGUAGUGUGACCUGAGUAUAAGUAGAAGUAGCAAGACGUACCUGAAAUUUUGCAUGUUCAUGAGACAGAAAAAAGGACACCAGCAAUCCUACCAUCAUGUAAAACAAUUACAGGCUUUCGUGUUACACUCACUUGGCAGGACGGUAGUACCUCCCUGGGCGGUUGCUGUCUACCAACCUACUACCUAGGAUAUAUAUAUAUAUAUAUAUAUAUAUAUAUAUGUCGUGCCGAAUAGGCAGAACUUGCGAUCUUGGCUUAAAUAGCAACGUUCAUCUUGCCAUAUAGGACAAGUGAAAAUUUGUGUAUGCAAUAAUUUCGCCAAAAUCAUUCUGAACCUAACGAAAAAAAUAUAUUUCACUGUGUUUGUUUAGUAUUAAAUUAUUGUAAACAAAUCUAAAAUAUAUUUAGUUGGGUUAGGCUAAAAUAAAUUGUGCUUGUUAUAAUAAGGUUAGGUAAGUUUUCUAAGAAUCUUUUGGUGCAAAAUUAAAAAUUUUUACGUUAACAUUAAUGAAAAAAAUAUAUCUUUAAACGUAUAAGAGAAAAUUUUAGAAAGGAUUUAAUUUUAAAUGAGUUCUUGCUAAUUGACCAGUUUUACAUAUU